AUGGUUAACACAUCAACAUCAAAAGGCAAACACGUCCGCGCAAAGCUAACAGAUACCCAAAAGGCUGCCCGCCGCACAAAAGUAGUCAAGCUCAGCAAUGCCAUUACAACGGCGCAAGAUGCAUAUCACGAGGAGGCCUGUGCUAUUGCCAAAGACAACGGACACAUCCAAGUGCGAACAGGCCUCGAGGGAAUGUAUAUUGCAGUUCGCGGUGAUGUCGAGCAAUACCACGAACCCAAACUCUUUUAUACAGCAAAGGUCGGGUCAUUCAUCAAGGACGUUCUCGGCAUGGAACCAAAGCGCUUUGCACUCAAAGUCAAGUCCUGGGUAGUCGGAGACUUUGAUAGUGGUGGCACAGUCAACCGACGACUGUCAUUAACAAAGCUCAUUAGCCUAUGCCGCCAGCUCAUCCAGGACGGACUUGAUAUCAUUCUUCCCACUUUGAAGCACCCACCGAAAAAGAAGGUCCAAAUGAAUUAUGAUAAUUACGAAGGCAAGAUUGUAGAAACUUACGGCGUCGCAUUGGAAAAUUUUCCGGGCACUGUUCAAAAUCCUGGAAAGAUUGGGCAUCGUGAAGACUUGAUCAAGUUGUAUGACUUACUUUUCAAAGGAACAUGCUCGUGGACGAAGCUUACAAAUGAUGAGCUCGUGGAACACGUUGCCAAGAAUAAACAACGCCAGGCACACGGUGAACAAAUCUACAAGGCUCGUAAGCGCCAAGAAAAGGCCUCCAUAGCAAAAAGCACAGAAAUGGUGGAAGACACAGAUGAGGAUAACGCGAGUUCGUCAGAGAGUGGGGUAGAUUCACCGGAGGCUUGA